AUGAAUUCGUUUCUACUUUACGCUUUGUGCUUCGCAAUCGUUAUCGCGAUUGUUCACUUCAAAUUCAACCUUACGCCACCGUUAUUCGGAUCGAUUCUCGUCGGUUUUUGGAUCAUCAAGAUGAAAUUUCAUCGCCGAUUCAGAAUCGGAAUUACUUGUUUCAAGAAUCCCAAACCGAAUUCCAAGGCGGAGAUUGACGUUGAUGCUAAGCCUCUUGAGGUUCCUCCGCACCUUGUAAUCAUGGUUAAUGGCAUCGUUGGAAGUUCUGCUGAUUGGAGGUUUGCCGCGGAGCAGUUUCUCGAGAAGCUUCCGGAUAAAGUCAUCGUCCACCGCAGUGAAUGCAAUUCUUCAAAAUUGACGUUUGAUGGUGUUGAUACAAUGGGCGAGAGGCUAGCUGAAGAGGUACUAUCUGUCGCUAGUCGCUGGCCAGGGUUGCAGAAGAUCUCCUUUGUUGCACAUUCUUUGGGAGGCUUGGUAGCAAGAUAUGCUAUUGCGAGACUUUUUGAAUACUCUUCAACAUUAGAAUCCGAAGUUACUAUCUGCAACUGCAAAGAGGAGACAGAAUGUACAAAGAAUUGCAUUGAACAGAAUUAUGAAGCCCGAAUCGCUGGUUUAAAGCCAAUGAACUUUAUAACCUUUGCAACACCACAUCUUGGUUCAAGAGGACACAAACAGCUUCCAUUUCUUUGUGGCCUUGCUUUCCUUGAAAGAAGAGCAUCUCAAACUGCACACUUAAUUGUAGGGCGAACUGGAAAGCAUCUUUUCCUUAUGGACAAUGAUGAUGGAAAGCCUCCUCUUCUCCUCCGAAUGGUUGAGAAUUCUGAUGACUUAAAAUUUAUGUCAGCUCUGCGUGCAUUCAAGCGCCGAGUAGCAUAUGCAAAUGCAAACUUUGAUCAUAUGGUUGGAUGGCGCACUUCAUCGAUUCGGCGUCAGCAUGAACUUCCAACAUUUGAUCUUCAAUUAAUUGAUGAGAAAUACCCACACAUUGUACAAGCCAAAGUUGGGACUGUUGAUGAUGUUUCCGCCAAAGUAUCUACUAUUGCUAGAGACCAAACAAUUGACACAGAAGAGGAGAUGAUAAGGGGUCUCACUCAGGUUCCUUGGGAGCGUGUGGAUGUUAGCUUUCAGAAGAGUAAGCAACGGUAUGUUGCUCACAGUACAAUCCAGGUGAAAAUCUAUUGGUUGCAUUCAGAUGGUGCCGAUGUGAUCUUCCACAUGAUAGAUAACUUCCUUAUCUAG